UUCUGUGCACUUUGCGCUCUUCAGAACCAUGUUAGAUGUGCUCUAGAGUCAACCGGGAAGAUAUUGACACCGUUCCAGUUUGUCAGGAACUUAAGAUGCAUCUCUCGCAGUUUCCGCAACUCUAGGCAGGAAGACGCGCAUGAGCUAAUGGUUAACUUACUGGAGUCCAUGCACAAGUGCUGUUUACCUUCUGGCAUACCAAGUCAGUCUCCCAGUGCUUAUGAGAAGAGUCUAGUUCACAGAAUUUUUGGUGGUCGUUUAAGAAGUCAGGUGAGAUGCGCAAGUUGCUCGCACUGUUCCAGCAAAUUCGAUCCUUUCCUGGAUCUCAGUCUUGAAAUUGCUGAUUCUGCUACAUUGGUGAAAGCACUUCAAAAAUUUACUGAAGAAGAGGUACUAGAUGGUGGGGAAGAGCAGUACAAUUGCCAGAGCUGCAAAAGAAAGGUUGUGGCCAAGAAAAGGUUUACAAUUGAUAAGGCUCCUGAUGUGUUGACAAUUCAUCUGAAGCGUUUUAGUCCUUUUAACCCUCGCCAUAAGAUUGACAAAAAAGUGGAGUUUCAGCCAACUCUGAACUUGAAGCCAUUUGUAAGCAAUUCAGAAGGCAUGGAUUUCCGAUACAGUCUUUAUGGUGUGCUGGUUCAUGCUGGCUGGAAUACACAGUCAGGUCACUACUAUUGCUUUGUUCGGACUUCUAGUGGGCUUUGGCACAAUCUUGAUGAUAAUCAGGUUCGCCAAGUUCGUGAGGCAGAUGUAUUGAGACAGAAAGCCUAUAUGUUAUUCUAUGUGCGUGACAGAGUGAGGAGCUCAGUGAUGAAUACAAAUUUUAUAGAGAAGAAAGCUAUUUCUGAAAAGAUUGCAUGUAUGAAUGACUCGCUUCGAAAGGGUCUAAGGGAAGCAACAAUGAAUGUUUCCCCAUUUAUUAACGGUGAUAUGAAGUCGCAGAAGCAGAACUUAGACAAUGGUCAUCCUACCAUUUUUGGCAACAGUUCACGAGGCCAGUGUACAAAAAAGCCUAGCAGCAUUGAAAUUCUGGAAGCUGCAGCUGUGCAAAACAAUGGCAUGAUUUCAGUACAGGAAGCUCUUUGUGUACAGCCAGACACUGUUGCUACCUUGUCCAUCAACACAAACAAGACAACUUUAGAUAGUCAAAGUGAGAUAAUAUCUCCACCAUAUCUGUUUGGCGAAUCAACACUCGAUAUAAGUAAGGCAGCGGCAAGUGCAGAAGAAGUCAAAACCAAGGAUACUGCUGUUCCUGAUGGAACAAUGUCCUGCUGUGAUGAAGCUAAAGCGGCAGCAGAGUCUGUGAAGCAACAUGAUGAAAUAGUUAUGGACAAGGAGCUUCCGGCAGAAUACAUCGAUGCCAUAUCAAACACAGUGGAGCAGACGUCAGUGCAGACUAAUACAGCAGAAGCUGGGCAGGCUACAUUGAAGGAGCUCUCUGUGAAGGACACUGACCAUAUUACAAAUGCAGAGGAGCCGGUUUCUGUGCAGAACAACAAUCUGGAAGCUCUGCAGGUCAACCCUUUAAAGCACAUCUGUUCUGAAGAUUCCGCACACGUGAUCUGCUCUGAGGUUUCUGCACACACGAUCUGCUCUGAAGCUUCUGCACAGGCGACCUGCUCUGAAGAAGUUUCUGCACAGGCGACUUGCUCUGAAGCUUCUGCACACGCGACCUGCUCUGAAGAAGUUUCUGCACAGGCGACCUGCUCUGAAGAAGUUUCUGCACAGGCGACCUGCUCUGAAGCUUCUGCACACGCGACCUGCUCUGAAGCUUCUGCACAGGCGAUCUGCUCUGAAGACUCUGCAAAGGUGUUGGACCAGGUUCCAUGCCAUGAUAAUCCAAAUACAAGGACGGUUUUGAAGUCAGACAAGCACGUGGCAUAUUCAACUGCACGCUUGCUUUUUGUCUCCAAGCAAUCCUUACUGGCUGCGUUAAAACAGCACAAGAAAAGGAAACAUAGAAGGGCGACAAGACAGUCUAUUGACAAUGAUGAAUUGGUUACUGAUGAUCAGCAGCCAUCAACUUCAGAAAAUGUUCUUACUAGGGACAUAUCAUGUAAAUCACAUAGAAGGCGCAAGCGCUCCCACGAGAAAUCAGGUUCUGAUAAUGGUGAUAAGAUGAACAGUAAGAAACCGCAUCUUGCUGAACCCUCCAGCAGUACUGCCGACCUUCCCAUGGACAGGAAAGAUGACAAGGAUGCACUACUUGCUAGCGCUGAGCUACCAAGUUUACAUGCAAGCUCUGUGACAGACCAGAAUGACUCGAGCAACUGUGCACAUCCAAAUGAGGGAGUCUCCCGGCAUUUCGAUCUCCUCACGAGGGGUUUGAGAGAAAUUACGGUUCAACGUUGGGAUGACAUUGACACGCCAAAUACAAAGUCAGCAAAGUUUCCUUGUCCAAGGACCAACAUUAUUGGAUAUGUGCCAGAUCAAUGGGAUGAGGAGUAUGACCGCGGGAAAAUGAAGAAGGUCAGGAAGCCGAAGGAGGAAGAGUUUGGUGGACCCAACCCGUUCCAAGAGGCAGCGAAUAUCAGAUCACGGUUGAGGAAGAGAUUUAAAUGUGACCAGGACAGAUGGGGGAACCAGCCACGCAGGAUAUGACACGACUGGCUUGAGCAGCAGACUGUUGUUGUAUCGUUCAGUUUUGCAGUGAUUCUUCGUUCUUCCUUAAUG